GAAAUCAAACGUCAGCAUCCAAAUCACCAUCAGUGCCGAUGCUGGUGGUAUGCGUUGCGGGAAUAUAUGGAUCCUUUCUUUCCUGGUCAUACCUGCAAGAAAAAAUAUCUUCCAAGAACUACUCGUCAGAGGAUGAUGAAGCGUAUUUCAAAGCACCGCUGAUUAUCAACAGUGUGCAAGCAUUUUUUGCAAUGCUUGUGGGCACAGCGUAUAUGUCGGUUAAAUCGCGGAGACUUGAAAUACCAGCUUACUUUCUCUUCCAAGACAAAAAGAUGUUAUGGAAUUUUGUGCUCAUAGCAUUGAGUCAAGCUGUUUCGUCACCAAUUGCCUAUCAAUCGCUAAACCACCUGGACUAUCUGUUUUACUUGCUUGCAAAAUCAUGCAAACUAAUACCUGUCAUGUUGGUUCAUCGACUUUUGUACGGUUCCAAAUUCGCAACCUACAAAUAUGUGGUAGCAGGUCUAGUGACGUUUGGCGUCGUGGUAUUUUCUAUCAGUAACAAAGCCAAAGCCACCAGCAAUGACGGCCGCAUACUUCUUGGGUUUGCGUAUCUUUUUGUGUCUCUUCUAUUGGAUGGGCUGACAAACUCGACCCAGGAUCAACUGUUCUCGAAGUCUCAGUCAAAAAACAUCACUGGAGCUCAUCUCAUGGCCGGCCUGAAUCUGCUCAACGCGGUCUUCACAUUCUCAUACACAGUCUUGUUUACGCGACAAUUCGACUAUUUCAGACAGUUUGUGGUCGACAAUGGACCGGAAGUGGUGCAGGAUAUCCUAAUGUUCGGAUUGCUUGGAUCUCUGGGCCAGAUCUUCAUUUUCUUGACCCUGGAGAACUUCGGCUCACUGCUGCUAGUCACAAUCACAGUGACGCGCAAGAUGUUUUCGAUGUGUCUCAGCGUGUUUCUUUUUGGCCACCAAUUGAACGCGAGCCAGUGGUUUGGCCUGCUGACUGUCUUUGUGGGGAUCUUUUUGGAAUCUUUCUACAAAAUGUUUGCGCAUCAAAAGAAGAUAGAUUAG